CAGCUUAAAUUUGACAUAACCUUAAAAGUAAACUGUAUCUUGUGGGAGGUCACAAAUUUUUUGUACAAGGAUGUUUUACUGAAUAGUCAAUGAACGUAUAGAUGGAUACGAGAUAUGGACUUUCCAUUUGAGUCGCAAUGUAGCGGAUGCGAUAUAAACCACGACGAUAUUUUGGAAUUUCUCGGGGAAGUUGUAUCGCAUAUAUACGCUUUUAGAGACAGGUAUUUCGAAAACCACGGAAUCGAUGAAGCACUAAAGAAAAAUGAAGAGAUUAAACAGGUGCUGGACAAAGAUAAACACAUUUUUCAAAAACAUGAACAAUUGGCGUUGAAACUUAAUAAAGCAAAAUACAAUUUUUUGAAAGGCAAGUUAUUAAAUGUACUACCUGAUUAUUCCCAAGAAGCAGAAAUUUUACUGUCAAAGGCGAUUAAAUUAGAUCCAAAGUUAGUGGAUGCGUGGAAUGAAUUGGGCGAGUGUUACUGUAAAAAUAAUGAUUUAAUAAAAGCCACAAGUUGCUUUGAAGGUGCAUUGAAAGAGAAAAAAAAUAAAAUUUCACUAAGGAGUCUUUCAAUUUUAUCAAGACAAGCAGAAUGCAAGAACAAUGAAGAAAAAGUGCAAAAUAUAGAGAAAGGGCUCAGCUAUGCCAAAGAGUCUGUACAAUUGGACCCUAAAGAUGGACUCUCGUGGGCUAUUCUAGGAAAUGCACAUCUCUCUUAUUUCUUUGGAAUACAGCAAAAUCCUAGAAUAUUAAAACAGUGUUUGGGGGCAUAUUCUCAGGCAGAAAAAGAUAUAGUAGCAAAAAGCACUUCCGAUUUACACUAUAAUAAAGGAAUAACAUUAAAGUAUGAGGAAGAAUUCCAAUUGGCACUUGAGUGCUUUAAUGAGGCAUCACUAUAUGAUCCCACAUGGGAACCUCCUAAAACUAAAGAGAAACAAUUACUCAGGUAUUUAGCCGAGAUUCAAGAGUUGGUGAUAAUGAAAGGCAAAAUGAAACCUAAAAAAUUGCAGCAAAUAUUACAGUCUAUUGACAACAAGAAACUUGGACCUUACGGUGGCGGAAGUUAUACAUCAUCUAGCGGGCAAACUGUAAAGCUUAUAGAAACGCCAUUUAAUAGAUUGAUCUCUGGAUUAAAUGAGGAAAAGGUCGUUUUAGGUAAAGUUGUGUGCUCUGUGAGGAACGAAGAUUCGGUGCCGUUCACAUUUUGUAUGGUUGAUAAAAAUGGAGAGUGUAUUGUUGUAAGUGUCUUUAAUUUGGCAGAUGGAAAAGGGGUAAUCAUUGGAGACUCGGUUGCCAUCCCAGAGCCUUUCAUAACUGACAUAGACUUCAGUUAUAGAGAAAAUACAUUUAAAUUUAGACUCGUGAGGGUCGAAACUCCUGUGAUAUUGGUUGUCAAUGGAAAAAAAAUUGGCAAGGAGUUGCAGGCUGGCGUGCAAAUGUCGAUUUCGAAAAAAUUUGACUGAUUUUUUAUUAUUCUUCUUUUUAUAAAAUUGCAAGUAUUUUUUUUUAAUUUGGUUAGGAUUAGCAUAGUUUCCCAAAUGAAACUAAUUUUCCGUAGUCUUUCAGAAUGCAAAGGAUAAAAUUCAUCAGACCAAUCUUUUGAAGAGCUUUAAGAAAUAAUCCGGUAAUAUUAUUGCUAUUUAAUUUGUUGUAAACAUUAGGUACAUUUUCUUAUCUUGUUAAUUACUU